UCAAAUUGGAUGGCAUACAGUCUGUGUCAACAGCAUGGUGUUCCGACUUUGUCUCUGUGUGGUCUUGCUGUGUGCUUGUGGAUAUGCUAACAUAUCCAGUGACUACUGUCAGGUUCUGGACAACUACGACACCUUUAAGUCAUCCAUGGACAACUUUCUGGCUUCCAGGGAUGAAACCUGUGGGACCACGGACAUGCGCAGAGAUUGCAGGAGCAUCCUGAACGAGUUUCCCGAAGCUGAAGAUGGGGUUUACCGGAUUAAGCCGACAGACGGGAAGGGGUCAUUUCUGGCCUACUGUGACAUGACCCAACACGGUGGAGGAUGGCUGGUUUUUCAAAGGCGACAGGAUGGGUCUGAAGAUUUCUAUCGAACCUGGUUUGAAUACAUGGAUGGAUGUUGAAACCUCACAAGAGAAUUUUGGCUUGGAAAUGAGAAGAUACACAGACUGACGAAGCAGAAAACCUAUGAGCUGCGGAUCGACCUGGUGAACAAAUCGGGAAGUCACUUCUAUGCCGAGUACAACAGCUUCCAUCUGGGCAGCAUGUCUGAGUUCUACACUCUGUUCGUGGGGAACUACUCAGGGACGGCUGGAGACAAGAUGUUGUAUCAUAACAACAGCAGAUUCAGUGCCAAGAACCUGGAUCUGGAUACAUCCUCCGGGAACUGUGCUGUUUCUAAUACAGGGGCGUGGUGGUACAAGAGCUGCACCAGCUCAGAACUCAAUCGGCUGCACGGCAAAACACUUCACUGGAGGGGUUUGUCAGGUGUAACAUCUUCAUCCAUGAAAAUCCGACCUCUCAACUAACUCAUGAUUGUUUGGUUCGUUAUUUCCGAAAUGUAAAACACAAACCUAUCCAUUUGUAUAAUUAGCGUGAAUAUAUAUCUUGUAGUUAAGUUGCAAAUCGUAAUUUGUCAAUCACUCUCACACUCUCAAAGGAACUAAUAUUUUCAUGUUUUGUGUUUGUCAUACCAGUUCACUAAUUUAUCAAGUGGUGCACGGUCCUGUCGAGGUACUAGUAUUAGUUCCGUAUUUGAAGUAGUAUCUAAAAGCUGAACUCGCAUAUUGGUGUUACAUAGUCAUGUAAACAUAGUAUUACUUUAUACAAGAACCGUGUGUUGUUUAGACUGCUGACACAUUUCGAGAAAGGCACGAUUGAAAGGAUGAACACUUACAUUAUGAUUUUGUAGACUUACACAGUAAGAGAAACACGGUUUAUUUAGUCCACUAAUGUGUUCUAAGAAACGGGAUUAAGAUGAGAAGUGAUUUUUACUUUAAACGUAGGCAACAAUUCCUCACAACUGAAUAAACCCAUUUCCUUAUCUUAUAUUCUGUUGAACACUUGCGCCGCAGCUCAAAGAGGAAACUGGCAUCAACGUGUGAGUAAGGUAGGUAUUUACAGUGGGCAUUGCAACAUACAAGAAGGCAGUCAAUGGUGCAUAUUCAGAGACGAAUGCUAGUGCCGUCUAAGGUAGAAAGCACACGUAAUUACACAGCUUAGAUAAUUACUACUGAAAUACUGGCUACGGAUCACCAGCAACCAGGUUAGACCACUGGGGAUCAUGCACCUGAUAACUGCACUCCCUGCACUCAAUGGUCAGGGUGUUUUCACUCAGUACUCAAUCAUCAAUGCAACUCCUACAUUUAAAAUACUUACAUUUCACCUGUGAAGAGCUGAGUUAGAACUGGUUUUCAGCAACCCAUUUUGUCAUAAGUGUAUCGUCGAUGCAUAGUCCGAGGCUCCUGGUGUCUGUCACUGGCUGGUCUUGCCCAGAAUCGAUGAUGUGCAAACCGCUGUCAUAUUGAACGUUCCUGACAAAAAAAACCAAAAAACUCCAACAAAUCUUUCUAUAGUUGGUCUAUGCAUGUCUAUUGGAAUUAAAACGAAGGGACAGUCGAUUUCAUUUCCAACUUUUGGAAAUGAACGUGAAUAUGUAUGCUUGAAUGUGUAGAGGUCGAGAUAAAGUCGUACAAAGUUG